AAGAUUUAUCGGUCAAUCGGGUUGUGUGGUCUUUACGAAACUAGUUGAACACCCCCAUCUUACCGUAGUACAGAAUGAGUUUAAAGUGAUACUUAAGAUGUUAAAAAAGUGCUUAAUAAAACUUUUACAUUAUAUAAAUUAUACAGAUAUUAGUAACAAUAUAAGACUAUGAAAAUGAGUCUUGGUUGUUAUUUUGUUUUUGUGUGGGUUAUUUUUUUUAUAUAAAUAAUAAAGAUACUCUUUAAAACUCUUAAAUUCUUAAGUUAUAGUGAAUACUAAUAAUUAGCAUAACAGUGUGUUUAAAAGUGUGGGAAAUACAGAUAACAAUCGAAAGGCAUAUGAGUCCGGUGUUUAGAAUGUCGCCAUGUGUGUCUGCUGAAAUUGCAGGUCUAGCUCUGGCAGUGGCACUGGCCAAAUUCGCCAUUUGCGAAUUUUAAACACAAUUGGCGAAUUUUAUUUGAAUUUGGCGAAAUAAUUUUAUGUAAUGAUUGAUAUUUUUUGAAAAUAAUGGUUUGUUUCUGCAAUUUUUAGAGUUUAAUGGAUAAAUUUGGCGAAAUUUUCUACACACCCAGAGCUAGCCCUGAAUUAUCUUCCAGCAUAAUUCACUGCUAGAAAUUGGCUGCUAGAAUCUACGUGGUAAAAAUCCACACACAAUUUGACUUUUUUCCUUUAAUUCAAAGUGAAGAUCGUUUCAAAAAUAAAUGGUACCUGCUGGUUGUUAACCCAAAUAAAAACAAGACCAAUAAUGACGUCUGACUUCAGGUCUGUUCCAGUUGUUGAUGUCCACAUGGACAACUUCAAAGAUGUCUGGCCGUCUCUGACACUAGCCAUCAAAUCAGCCACAUUUGUAGCCAUUGACACGGAACUUAGUGGGCUGGGAAACAAACGGCUUCUAAAUGCGAAAUCAAUAGAUGACCGGUAUGCCAGUAUAAGCAAUGUGGCAAAAACACGAUCAAUUAUUGCCCUUGGAAUUUCCUGUUUUAAGCUAAACAGUGUUGUAGAACAGACUUGCACCCCUGCUGACAUUUCAUCCGACAAGAAAGUCACAGUGAAGCAGUGGUCAUUUUUGGCUCAGACUUUCAACAUAGUGGUUCUUUGUGGCGAGGAUUAUGUGGUGGAACCCUCUUCUCUUAAAUUUCUGAUCUCACACGGCUUCGAUUUCAACAGACAGUAUGCGACAGGUUUAUCCUACUACAGAGGAAACGACAGGAACAUGAAGCCAAGUUUGUCUGUUCGAGACCUGUUCUCUGUCUUGUUGGAGGCCAACGCUCCAGUUGUCUUCCACAACGCCUUGGUUGAUCUUGUGUUCUUGUACCAGAGUUUCUAUGCCAACCUUCCAUCCUCCUGUACAACAUUCCUAGCCGACCUCACUGAGAUGUAUGGUGGAGGAAUCUACGAUACCAAGUACAUCACUGAGUACCGAGAGAGACUGACCGCGUCGUAUCUCGAGUUCGUCUUCAGAAAGUGUCAAAGAGCAAAUGCUUACAGAAGCCAGGAAUGGAGAACAGAGGUGUGUCUGGAAUUUGCCAAAUACCCAGCAAGUUGUGUCGAUGUCACACAGCGAUUCUGUGGCUUGCCUUCUGUUGCUGUCGAGCUGGGUUACAUUCCCAACAAAGACCACCUGCACAAUAGUCUGUGUGAUGUGUUUGCUUCUCAUGGUUGGUGUCCUCGUGAUGCAAAGUGUCAUCAGUCCCAUGACAUUGACAUGAUAAUAGAUAUGGAAGGACUUAAAAUGGCCAACAAGAGGAGGAAACGAAAACGAAGACACCAUCGGACACCUGAAGAGUCAAGUCCUCAAGCAGAUGACAACACAAACAAAAAUCCAGUGUCAGACAAUUGCAGUGAGUCAGACACAACAGAUGUUCAGACAGAUGUACAGAUGGAUGAUUGUCAGGCAGUUUCUACCAUUCUUUGUGAUGAUGAAAAAGAGAAUAGCGAAUCCUCAGUUCUUGGAGACCACCAAACCAGUUCUACCACAGUCACAUCUGGUGAUGGGUGCAAGGAAAAUGUAACACGGACAAACACAUCCAGUUCUGUAUCAAAUUCACAUGUCAUAGACAUCAGUAUAACAACAGACAUCACUAAACCAGAUGCACCUGAACCGUGUAUAUCCAUUUUAUGUCCUGAAGUUAAGAAUGGGGGCAAGGAAUCGGUUGUGGAAGAAGCCAGAAGUGGUGGUCAUAGGGCUGGAUAUGAUGCCUUUAUGACGGGCUUUAGCAUGGCUUUUUUUGCUGCCAAGUAUGGCAAAGUCCCAGAAUCGUGCUCGGGGAAGAUAGUGCUGUCCGAUCUUGGGUUAGAAGACAUGCAUAAUAAGAUUUACUUGUGUGGGAAGGACAUUCCGAUGAGUAUUUUCAAGAGUGCCUUUACAAAGACAUCCAAGGAUCACAGGGAGAAGUUUCAGAAACUCAGACAUCCUCGUGUUGUUUGAAUUUUAAAUGCUUGACAUACAUAUACUGUUUAUCUUUCAUGGUAAACAAGUCAUCCAUUUUUAGCAUCUUGUAUGUUGGACCUACAUCACAUAUUUUAAUGGUGUAUAGAUACAUUUUUUAUUUCAUCAUUGUGCAUACAGACUAAAAACAGAAGAAACAGAGUAUUAGCUGUGAUAUAAAAAUAAACCCUUAUUUUUAUGAA